UAGGCGGAACGAACUUCGUGUUGCUAGCUAUCCUCACCUUGUCGUUCGGCGAGAACAGAGGCAAUGCGCGCAACAUUGUGGUGUCUGUCUUCAUGAUGGCAUGGGCCGCGCGACUCUCCGGCUUCCUCCUGUUCAGGAUUCUGAAGACGGGCAAGGACGACCGCUUCGACGACAAGCGAGACAAGUUCUGGUCUUUUCUCGGAUUCUGGGUCUUCCAAAUGUUCUGGGUGUGGACAUGCUCCCUCCCUGUCACCAUUCUGAACUCGCCCAAAGUCACACAGUUCCCGCAGCCUAGCUUUGGCACUGGAUGCGACAUCGCAGGAAUUGUGCUUUUUGCUAUUGGAUUUAUCAUGGAAAGCGUUUCCGACGUGCAAAAGUACCGCUUUCGCAGUGCGCACGGCAGCGAUGGCGAGGUGUGCGACGUGGGUUUCUUCGCGUGGACCAGACAUCCCAAUUAUUUCGGCGAGAUCAUGAUCCAAUUCGCAAUCUUCACGAUCGCGGUAGCACCAGCAGCGAAUAAGUACGUGCGCGGUGGACCCUAUGCGGCUCUCUACGCAUCUAUUCUCGGGCCCAUCUUCCUGACGAGUCUGCUGAUGUUCCUCUCUGGCCUACCACUACAGGAGCGACCUGGAGCGAAAAAGCGCUACGAGAAGGGCAUCAAGUGGCCCGAGUACGAGCGAUACUUGCGCAGGACCAGCAUUCUCAUUCCAUUUCCGCCACAACUGUACGAGAAGAUGCCAGUGAUCCUGAAACGGACAGUAUUUCUGGAAUUUCCCAUAUAUGUCUUUGACCCGGCGAAGCACGCAGAUCAGAGUAAAGUGCAGCCGAAUAACGCCGAGGAAGGGAGGGCGAGGCCUAGCGAUGAGGAAGGGCUGCGUUCGUGAUGGGAGCAACUGUAUAUAUCUCCGCGAGCG